UUCUCAAUUGCUAAAAUGUUUUGUCCAUAUCAGGUGCGUGUGAACCCGAGAGCACAGGGGUUCAUUUCCCCUUCGCAGGUACAGUACCUUUCUGUAACUCCGUUGUUCACCAAAAUCGAACCUCCACCCGGCGGCGGCGGCGGCGGCGGCGGCAUGGCGAAGAGCGGCAAGUUGGCCGAGGCGGCGACCUCCACGGCCCCUCCUCCUCCAGGCCCCUCCCCAGCCGUAAAGCCCAAGGCGAAGCCCCGGCUGGAAAUCGAGGGGUACCCCGUGGAGGGCAUCUCCAUCGGCGGGCACGAGACGUGCGUCAUCUUCCCGACGCUGAGCCUCGCCUUCGACAUAGGCCGGUGCCCACAGCGCGCCGUGUCGCAGGACUUCCUCUUCAUCUCCCACGCCCACCUCGACCACAUCGGGGGCCUCCCCAUGUACGUGGCCACGCGGGGGCUCUACAGGCUGCGCCCGCCCACCAUCUUCGUCCCCAAGUACCUCAGCGAGCUCGUGGAGCGGCUGUUCGACGUGCACCGCGCCAUGGACCAGUCCGAGCUCAACCACACCCUCAUCCCGCUCGACGUUGGCGAGGAGUAUGAGCUCAGGAGGGAUCUCAAGGUCAGGGCCUUCAAGACCUACCAUACCAUACCCAGCCAGGGGUACGUGAUAUACUCGGUGAAGCAAAAGCUCAAGCAGGAUUAUCUUGGCCUCCCGGGGAGCGAGAUCAAAAGGUUGAAGUUAUCAGGUGUGGAGAUUACUAAUACAGUGACAACACCCGAGGUUGCUUUCACUGGGGAUACGAUGUCAGAUUUCAUUCUUGACCCUGAUAAUGCGGACGUAUUGAAGGCGAAAAUUCUUGUGAUGGAGAGUACCUUCCUUGAUGACUCUGUCUCGAUUGAGCAUGCAAGAGAAUAUGGGCACAUACACUUGUUUGAGAUUGCGAAUCUCUCUGAUAAGUUUGAAAACAGAGCCAUUCUACUAAUUCACUUUUCGGCUCGUUAUACGACAGAGGAAAUUGAUGCAGGGAUAAGUAGAUUGCCGCCGUCGUUCCUAAGCAGAGUCUAUGCGUUGAAAGAGGGCAUCUGAAAUUAGGCUGAGAUAGCCAUUAACCUCCCUUCUACCAUCUGAACGAACAAAGUUUCUGUAUUUUUUACCCAAAACCUUUCUUCUAUGGUAUGGCAUCGCAACAGCGUUCUUGACACGUCCCUACUACAGUACUAAAUUCAUCUGAAAGUUUGUGAAA